CGCGGCGGGGUUCUCCGUCGCCAGCCAUUCCUGGGGAGGACUGCCGGCUGGCCGGACGUCUCGCCUGCUUCUUCAGGAGAGGUCCCGGCCCUCCGGGAAGGCGGUUGCGGCGGUAAAAUGAAGAUAUUCGUGGGAAACGUCGAUGGAGCGGAUACAACGCCGGAGGAGCUGGCAGCCCUCUUCGCGCCCUACGGCACAGUCAUGAGCUGCGCCGUCAUGAAACAGUUCGCCUUCGUGCACAUGCGCGAGAACGCGGGCGCGGUGCGCGCCAUCGAGGCCCUGCACGGCCACGAGCUGCGGCCUGGGCGCGCGCUCGUGGUGGAGAUGUCGCGCCCACGGCCUCUUAACACUUGGAAGAUUUUCGUGGGCAAUGUGUCGGCUGCUUGCACGAGCCAGGAGUUGCGCAGCCUCUUCGAGCGCCGCGGACGCGUCAUCGAGUGUGACGUGGUGAAAGACUACGCGUUUGUUCACAUGGAGAAGGAAGCAGAUGCCAAAGCCGCCAUCGCGCAGCUCAACGGCAAAGAAGUGAAGGGCAAGCGCAUCAACGUGGAACUCUCAACCAAGGGUCAGAAGAAGGGGCCUGGCCUGGCUAUCCAGUCUGGGGACAAGACCAAGAAACCAGGGGCUGGGGAUACAGCAUUCCCUGGAGCUGGUGGCUUCUCUGCCACUUUCGACUACCAGCAGGCUUUUGGCAACAGCACUGGUGGCUUUGAUGGGCAAGCCCGUCAGCCCACACCACCUUUCUUUGGUCGCGACCGCAGCCCCCUGCGCCGUUCCCCUCCUAGAGCCUCUUAUGUGGCUCCUCUGACGGCCCAGCCAGCCACCUACAGGGCCCAGCCCUCAGUGUCGCUGGGAGCUGCCUAUAGGGCCCAGCCUUCUGCCUCUUUGGGUGUUGGCUAUCGGACUCAGCCCAUGGCAGCCCAGGCAGCCUCUUAUCGCGCUCAGCCCUCUGUCUCCCUCGGGGCUCCGUACAGGGGCCAGUUGGCCAGCCCUAGCUCCCAGUCUGCCGCAGCUUCCUCGCUUGGGCCAUAUGGUGGAGCCCAGCCCUCAGCCUCGGCCCUUUCCUCCUAUGGGGGUCAGCCAGGUGCGGCUUCCUCGCUCAACUCCUAUGGGGCUCAGGGCUCCUCCCUGGCCUCCUAUGGUAACCAACCAUCCUCUUACGGUGCGCAGGCUGCUUCGUCCUAUGGGGUUCGUGCAGCUGCUUCCUACAACGCCCAGGGAGCAGCUUCCUCCUUAGGUUCCUAUGGGGCCCAGGCAGCCUCCUAUGGGGCCCAAGGAGCAGCCUCCUCACUGGCUUAUGGGGCCCAGGCAGCUUCUUACAAUGCCCAGCCCUCAGCCUCUUAUAAUGCCCAGUCUGCCCCAUAUGCUGCACAACAGGCUGCUUCCUACUCUUCCCAGCCUGCUGCCUAUGUGGCACAGCCGGCUGCAGCUGCUGCCUAUGCCGGCCAGCCAGCUGCCUACGCUGCACAAGCCACUACUCCAAUGGCUGGGUCCUAUGGCGCCCAGCCGGUUGUUCAGACCCAGCUGAAUAAUUAUGGGGCUCAAGCAUCGAUGGGCCUGUCAGGCUCCUAUGGGGCUCAGUCAGCCGCUGCGGCCACUGGCUCUUAUGGCGCUGCAGCUGCCUACGGCGCCCAGCCUUCUGCCACCCUGGCAGCUCCUUACCGCACUCAGUCAGCUUCAUUGGCUGCUUCUUAUGCUGCGCAGCAGCAUCCCCAGGCUGCUGCCUCCUACCGUGGCCAGCCGGGCAAUGCCUACGAUGGGGCAGGUCAGCCGUCUGCAGCCUACCUGUCCAUGUCCCAGGGGGCCGUUGCCAACGCCAACAGCACCCCGCCGCCCUAUGAGCGUACCCGCCUCUCCCCACCCCGGGCCAGCUACGACGAUCCCUACAAAAAGGCUGUCGCCAUGUCAAAAAGGUAUGGUUCCGACCGGCGUUUAGCCGAGCUCUCUGAUUACCGCCGUUUAUCAGAGUCGCAGCUUUCGUUCCGCCGCUCGCCGACAAAGUCCUCGCUGGAUUACCGUCGCCUGCCCGAUGCCCAUUCCGAUUACGCACGCUAUUCGGGCUCCUAUAAUGAUUACCUGCGGGCAGCUCAGAUGCACUCUGGCUACCAGCGUCGCAUGUAGGGGCAACCUGGGAUUGGGCACCACAGGGAGGGGAGGAGACAAGUGGGUUGGGUGCAGACCCGGGUUAUAACCACUGGCCCAUACCUCUCCUGUGUGUGGUUUUUUCAUCCCUUCUACCAUGUGGGCCUUCCCCGGGAGACGAUCCAUUUGAGUGUUCGGCAGUAACCUACUUUGUUCCUUCGCCUCAGCAGCAAAUCUUGCUACUGGCUCUAGAUCUGCGGUUUCCCCUCUCCCCUGCCUCCCGUCUCCCCAGGAUGGGAAUUUCUUUUACGUUUUUAUUUUUCCCUGGCUCCCUUUUAUUUUUGUGCGCGAUAUUUAAGGUCGUCUGGAUGGGGAAGCAACCUGCAGCUGAGGUCGCCGGCGCCUUUUUCUUUUUAGAUGUGAGGGAGGCCAGGAAAGGGUUAGCUUAACCAUUUCCUAUGCGCCAAGCUGUGCCAGCAGUCCAGGGCUCUGACUGCCCCUCUAGACUGUGUUGAGACUGAAUUCCUGUUGGGACAGUCAGUUGGUAUGUGUUCAAAUUCCUACCGACUCCUGAUGUUCUAGCUGAUGCUGAGUGGCACAGUCCCACUUCCCUAUCUCCCCAAGUAGGUGGUGUUAGAAAACCUUAAUUUUUUUCCCUUUUGUAUGGACUACAAAUAAAACUUGGGGCAAUUUGCAGUUUGGAAACCUGGUUGUCAUUGUCUUGAUUGCACUCAGUUUCAGAGGAGCCAGUUUGACAUCCAGGAAGACGUGACAGCCCAAUGGAAGGCAACCAGAGAACCCAUGGCAGAUGAGGAAAGGGGAUUGAACGUGGAAAUUAGAAUGCUUGCCGUGCUGCCCAGGAGGAUGUAGCUCAUCAUCGGCCUGCUAGUCUGCCAUCUUGAGGAAUGGAGAGUCCAGAUCAAGUUGCUUGGGCUUCUUCAGCCCUCGACUUGAGUUAAUCACACCCCAAUACAGUAAAUUUGUUGCCCAUUAUCCUGUGCCUGUGCUUGACUGGUUUUCUUGACUUGUUUCCAGUUGAGAAACAACCUGUGCUCCAGCAGCUUGGUUCUGGGGUUUGGCUUCUCAAGUGAGAAGUGGGGAAUGGGCUUGCUUUGGUGCUUACGAGGCUAGUGGAUCCUUCAGGCCAUGGGCUCGAGUGAGUGCUGGGGCUGGGACCUGGAGAGGAACCAGUGGUGGGAUGGGGGGCGAUGUUGGUGUCUGAUUCCGCCCUGUGGUUGGAGCAAGGAGGGGCGGGGACGGUUGGAAGACGGUAUGGGAGAGCCUGGUCACAGAACCGAUAUUUCGCCUGUUGAACAUCGCCAUGGAGCGUCCUUCCUGCGUCCUGCCCAUCUGCUACCAUCAUGGCCACCUGAGACUCACUUUCCCUAUUCCAUUUGUUAGAGUUCCCAGAUAUUUUCUUGCUGGGUUAAUAUUUGAAGCUGUUACGAUCGACUGGGAAUGGGCUGAGGUGCAAGUAUAACCAAGGAGGGGUGCUGGGAUAGGGUGAGGAAUUGAAGACCCUGUCUACUUUUAUUCAGGGGCUGGAGGUUGAGAGGACCUGGGU